UUCCGGUUCGGUUGUUAGGAAGAAAAUGAGCUAGUGUGAUCGGAGAUCGUUAACGGUGUUUCUGCUGGAGUUAAGACGUUGGCUGCGGCCAACAGUAACCCGGAAUAAAGAUCCGAAACGGAAACAACAAGUUGGAAUCAUUACCAUCUCUUAGAAAAGGCAACAAAAGUGUGUUUUAUAGGUGUGGUGGCUUUUGUUGAGCCGUGGCGGUGCGACACGAACUAGUUUAGCCCAGCAGAAAGGCCCCGCGGCUGGCUGGACCCAGCUCGACACAGCAGCAGAGCGCUGUUAGCUAAACACGGCUAAUGAAAACCUGCUACCACUUCAGGAUCAUCCAUCAGCUGGGACUGCUUCAUCAGCAUGGACACAGGUACGACUCUCUCCUUCUCUCCCCAACGACUGACCUGUCUUUAAAGUCAUUCCGGAACUGCGCUGCUCUGGGUGGCUGCAUGUUGGAGUAGCUCUGUUGACUAUAUAUGUUCAACAGCUGGUGCUGGUUAAAGAAGAAGCUCCUGAGGAACAGAGUGCAGGUGAGGACCAGAAAGACCCAGAACACCUCCACAUGAAGGAGGAACAGGAAGAAAAGUGGACCAGUCUGGAGGGAGAGCAACUCUUUUUGGAGGAGAAAACUGAUGCUGCCAGGUUUCCAUUCACAUUGGCUUCUAUAAAGAGUGAGGAUGAUGAAGAGAAACCUCUGUUCUCAAAGCUUCAUCAGCAGCAAGUAGAAGACAAAGAAGUUCCAACCAGCAGCUCAGCUCACCAGAUGACAGCAGAAACUAGCAGGAACCAAGAUCUGAACCCUCAUGAACAGACGUCUGAUUCUUCAGAAACUGAAAUGAGUGGAGAUGAUGAAGAGGGUGAUGAUGUGAAUCUAGACUCUGAGCUGUCAGACUCUGGGUCUGAAACUGGAGAAGAAGACAGUGACUGGAAUGAAAGCAGGUCUUCUGAUUCACAUGUUAGGACUGUCAACAAGUCCUUUAGCUGCCCUGAGUGUGGUAAACAAUUUGUCCACAAGAGGUCUCACCAGAAACAUGUGAGAGUGUCAGGUCAUUCAGCAAUAAGGUCUUCAAGUUGUUUGGUCAAAAAGCAAUGUGUUGGAGUGAAGCAACAUGUAGACUCAUGCAAGAGAGUCCAGAAAAAACUAAAAUCAUUUAGUUGUGAUGACUGUGGUAAAAGAUUUAGUUCAAUGUUUCAUUUAAACGUUCACAUGAGAGUCCACACAGGAGAAAAACCUUUUGCCUGUGAGCUCUGUGGUAAAAGAUUUGGUCACCAAAAAAGUUUAAACAGUCACAUGAGUGUCCACACAGGAGAAAAACCUUUUGCCUGUGAGCUCUGUGGUAAAAGAUUUAGCAGUAAGGCACAUUUAAACAGUCAUAUGAGAGUCCACACAGGAGAAAAACCUUUUGCCUGUGAGCUCUGUGGAAAAAGAUUUAGAAGUAAGGCACAUUUAAACAGUCACAUGAGUGUCCACACAGGAGAAAAACCUUUUGCCUGUGAGCUCUGUGGAAAAAGAUUUAGAAGUAAGGCACAUUUAAACAGUCACAUGAGAGUCCACACAGGAGAAAAACCUUUUGUGUGUGAGCUCUGUGGUCAAAGUUUUAGCCAAAAGGGAAAUUUAAACAGUCACAUGAGAGUCCACACAGGAGAUAAACCUUUUGCCUGUGAGCUCUGUGGUAAAAGAUUUGGUCACCAAAAAGAUUUUAACGUUCACAUGAGAGUCCACACAGGAGAAAAACCUUUUGUCUGUGAGCUCUGUGGUAAAAGAUUCAGCAGUAAGCCACAUUUAAACAGUCACAUGAGAGUCCACAUAAGAGAUAAACCUUUUGUCUGUGAGCUCUGUGGUAAAAGAUUUAUUAGUAAGCCAGCUUUAAACUAUCACAUGAGAGUCCACACAGGAGAAAAACCUUUUGUCUGUGGGCUCUGUGGUAAAAGAUUUAUUAGUAAGCCAGCUUUAAACUAUCACAUGAGAGUCCACACAGGAGAAAAACCUUUUGCCUGUGGGCUCUGUGGUAAAAGAUAUGGCUGUAAGAAAGCUUUAAACUAUCACAUGAGAGUCCACACAGGAGAAAAACCUUUUGCCUGUGGGCUCUGUGGUAAAAGAUAUGGCUAUAAGACAGCUUUAAACUAUCACAUGAGAGUCCACACAGGAGAUAAACCUUUUGUCUGUGGGCUCUGUGGUCAAAGAUUUAGAGACGAGACCGAGUUAAACUGUCACAUUAAGAGUUCACACACGACAUAAUGAAUUCUUUUGAAAGUGUGA